AUGUACAUGGUUAAUAAAAAUACUAUUUUAGAUGAAGAUGAAUGUGUAAUUAAUUCCAAUUGUGGCAUCGGAUAUGAAUGUUAUAACAAAGUUGUCGUGUCCAACGGUCCAAUGAUUUUGUUGGACGUCCAAGAUCCACUGACUUUGGACCCAAUUGAAUAA